GGUGAAAAAAGAAAAGGGAGGAAGCCGAAUGCAUUUUCAAUAAGACAUAACGAGCGUUUUACGUUAAUCGAUCGAAUUUUUACAAGAAUGUAAAGAAUAUAUGAAGUAAUCAUUCGACAGAUAUAUUUCUAUCAUUUUGUUUUUUCAUCUUCAUCAUAGUCUCCGGAUCGACGCAGCACGACGGCGCCGAAAGGGCGGGGAAAGUCGGCUUCGUCGGUGACGAGCGUAGCGUUAAUCCAUCGUCGUGGCGCUGAUGCUUGGUUGAAAUCAGUGCGAGUAAGGUGCACCGUGAAGCAGGAUCGUUCUCUUUCUUUGUCUCUCUCUCUCUCUUUAUCCACUUCUUCUUCUUGUUCAUCUCUUCGUAGAAGAGAAUACCAAGGAGUCAUGAGAAUGAAAGAAAGAAAGAGAUAAGGAAAGAGAGAGAAGGAUAAAUAAAUAAAUAGAGAGACAGCAAGUACCGAAACGAAAAAGCUCUCGGCUAGUCUCGUAGAAAAAAAGAAAAGAAAGAAUGAGACAAAAAAAGGGAAAAGGAAAAAGAUAGAAAAGAGAUAGACUAGGAAGAUGAGGGUGAAGGGUGAAUAAUAAGGAAAAAAGAGAAAAAAAGAUAGAGGGAUAGAGAGAGAAAAAGAAAAAGAGACUCGAAGGAGAAGAGAGUAGACUAAUAGUCGUAGUAGAGGCGGGAAGAAAGGUGUCGGUGUGUUGACAUCUCUAGCCUCGGAGGGUGUCUCAUGUGCGCUCGACGUAACUCCACGGCUAGCUUUGGGGCUGUUGCUGGAGAAGGAAGAGGAGGAGAAAGAGGAAGAAGUGGAGGAGGAAGCCUAGUUUCGAGCAUCGAUCUCGAACCAUCGGCGCAGCUACUGCUGCUGUUGCUGCUGCUGCUGCUGCUGCUGCUUCUGCUGCUUCUACUGCUGCUGGCGCCGCCGCCGUUGUUGCUGCUGGUAAAGGAGGAGGUACUGGUGGUUGUGGCGGUGGUGGUGGUAGUGGUGGUGGUGGUGGUACUGCUGCUAUGAGAAUGGCGCGAGUGCUAGAAGAAGACGCGAAAUCGUCGCAUCCUCCGUUCGUCGGAGGGCCGCGACAGAAGGACGACGGUGUACCGCUCGUUGAAGAAGCGGUAGAGAACGGGUCGGUGAACGUUGCGAUUCGAUAAACGAAAUUUAUCAACUUUUAGCUUUUCUCCGAAUGACAACGUAGAAGACGCCCUCUCAGCGUCUCGACGUUCAGGUUCGAGAAGGAUGCUGAACAGAGAGAGAACGUCGUCACCGAUAUCGACUACAACGAGGAUCACGAUGAGGAUCACAAGGACAAAUAAAAAGAGGAGAAUAACGAGGAAGCUGCAGGAGAGGGCUGAGCGUACUUUGGGUCUUCCCGAUGGAAUGCGAGCAGCCGAUCGAACGGCACGACUCGAAGGCGAUGUUCCGCGUUUUCCCGCGUAAUCGCGACCGCCUCGCUUGACCAACGGCGGUAAUCUCGCGGCGCGAUCAACGAAACAGUCAAAAUAUUGAAGAAAGUUUCGACGACGAUCCUUUGGCAUCUUUCUAUCUCUCUGUCUUUCUAUAUCUCUCUAUAUAUCUAUCUAUUUAUCUAUCUAUCUGCUUCUCUCAAAAGACUUUCGAACGAUCUUCGAACUCGCCGAUAUAUCUAUUUCAUUUCAAAAGACACAACGCCGACUUUAACUUUUGCCGUUCGUGUACGAUGUCCGUUCAAAGUGAACAUUAAUGUCCUUAAACGCUCCGAUGUAACGACAAAAAUCAAGACAUAGUCACAUAUUGAUAAUCCACGUAUCCUCCUAUUAAACAAAAAAUAUGGAUUGCUGCAACUACGUCGAAGCGUACACACCUAGUGCUCAUUUUUAUCAACAGCAACAACACCAUCAACAACAACAACAUCAACAGCAACAUCAUCAACAACAGCAAGCCUACUUUUACAACAACACUAGCGUUGCCCCAUACGCAAACUAUGGUACCACACCGAUCUCGAACAUGCUCGAGGCUAAUGCACGUUAUAAUGCUGUCCUUCCGGCUGCUUAUCAUCCGACAGACUACGUCUACAAUCCCAAGGAGGCCCGAAUACGAAAAGCUAUGCGCGAGCAAAGCCGAGAAUCCUCAAGACGCUCGAUCCUGCAGAGCACGGUCGGGAAUGCACAGGACUCUCUUGGAGCCUCGUCGUCAACAACGACGGCGACGACUACGACGACGACGACAACGAGGACGUCAUGUUCAUUGGCUGAUGAAUUCUUGGAUCAACAACAACAGCGGAAUCAUCUUGAUUGCAGUGCUUCGGGCUUGACCAAUUACCGAACAGAGCAAUUCAUCGGGCAAGCUCAUCAACCGCAUCAACAUGAUCAACAGCCAACGAUACAAGAGUCUUGGUGUCCAACGGUAAACGAACCACGUUCGAAAUGUGGAUACAAUGGCAGGGGACUAGAAUGGUAUACUGGUAUUAAUCUUGAGGUUGACGUUGAGCAGAGAUCACGACUCGCUAUGCAACAAUAUCAACUUCUUCAACAACAACAACAACAACAACAGCAGCAGCAGCAGCAGCAGGAACAACGACAACAACAACAACAGUUUGGUUUGGGAAAACAACCAAUAAACAUUAUCAGUUAUCAAGCAGCAGCCGCUACCGUUGCAGCUGCAGCUAAUCUCGGGAGAGAAAUUAGACGUCAACAGAUGCUUGGAAGCUACCAACUUACUGGAUUCCCUGAAGAACAAAAGUGGAGUCCUUAUCAGAACGUUGCGCAUACACAUCAUCAACAUGUAAGACCAAUCCAAUUACCCGCUCCACCACAAAUUAUUAUCCCUCAUGUUAGCAGACAGGAAACUACUACUCAAGGAGCAUGGGGUCAUUUCUGUCACAAUUUGCCAACGUAUGUCCCUGGGAUGAUCCGUAACGUUACGAUGCACGGAAUUCGGCAAGCCAUCUUCUUGCGAGAUAGUACGUCCAAUAGACAAGGUGCAGAGAAUCAAUCGCAAAUACCAUGUAUUUCACGAAAACGCGAGCUCGAUAACACGCGUGACCUGUCUUAUCCGCCACCGGAACAUCAGCAAAUACUCGCAGAAGCAUCUACAUCAGCGAUACCCAGAAGAUGUGAAAUAAUUGAAGAAAUGAGAUGGCAAGCGAAUCCGGUAACAGGUUCAAGGAUUUUCAAUGGAUUAUUAAUCCCAGCGACGAUGACGUCAAAGAGACCAAGAGAUCAGGAAAAAGACCAUGAUCAUCAUUCCUCCGAAAGCUUUGAAUCGAAGAAGCCAAAUUUGACACAACCCUUGCCCGGAUUUCAUCAAGCUUUUGGCUCGACAGAGAUUGGGAAGUUCUCGAGAUCGGAAUAUUUCGCGAACAUGAUCGGCGAUAAGAGUGCCGGCGCAGAAGAGGAUAAGAAAGAGGACGUAAGUCGGAUAGUGGCAGCGGAAGUGAAAGGCACGGUGGUACCGACGACGAUGACGACGGCGACGACAACGACAACGACAACGACGGCAACUUCAAAUUCAACGAGAAGAAACUUUGACAAAGGAAAGUUCGAAAAUGAAGUCGUCGGAGUCAUUGAUCCGACAUCGGCUUUCGAUGUUGCCAAUCAAUGUUCGAGCAACAACAUUUAUCCAACGUCGUUGUCAUCGUCAUCGUCAUCGUCAUCGACAUCGACGUCAACCGAUGUUUAUUGUGGACAGCCCAUCAUCUCGCCUUGGCACAGUCCGCACGUCGGUCCUGUAGGUAGUGAAAUUUAAGUGUAUUAUCCAAUCAAAAAACAAAAAAACAAAAAAAAAAGAGAUUGCGAACAUUUUCGCACCAUUUUAUUCGUUACGUUUUAGUGGUCUUCCCGUCGAGAAUCGAUCGAUCAUCAAAGAAAGAAAGUGAUUCGGCUUGUCCGAGAAAUGUGUGCCAAUGUAUGCUAACGAUAAUGAUGAUGAUGAUAGUGAUAACGAUGACGGUAGUAUAGUAUCGUCGUUAAUGUUUUUGGCAACACAAAUAGCAUUUUUAUCCGUGGAUAACAUGUAUAUGUGUAUGUACACGUAUAUGUACAGGAUAAAAAAUAUAACGUAAAUCGUCAUUUUUCUCCUUGAAAAAAAAAAUUUUCUCUUUUUUUUCUAUUUUAUGUAUAAUUUACAACUUUACGAAACGAUCACAAUUUACCUAUUCUUUUCUUUUUAUAUUUUAUUAAAUAUUUCAAAAUAUGUAAAUAUGGUCGUGUUAUAUAAUUCAGUCUGUACAUUCGAUUAUCGAUGAUACAGUCAAAGAGACUACAGGAAGAUAUAUAUAUAUAUAUAUAUAUAUAAACACACAUACACAUAAAUAUAUUUAUAAUUCUUUCGUUAGGAAAGAAAUGGAGUUGUUCUCUUUGGUGAUCGAUCGACGAAAGACUUAUCGUCUUGAAAGUUCUAACGGUCUCUUACUCUCUCUUUCUUUUUCUUUCUUUCUCUCGUAAAUGUGACUUAGAUACUGAGUACCUUAUCGAGAAACUAAAAUUAAUAUCAAAGAUCGUAUGUCGAGCUAUAAUCAAAAUAGAUACAUAUAUAUAAUAUAUACAUAUUAUAUAUAUACAUAUUAUAUCGAAGUUGAUUUAUCAUCAAUCUGUAAGAGAAAAAUAGAACAAAGGGGAAGGAAGAAAAAAGAGAGAAGAAAAGAAAACGACCGACGAACGUAUGUUAUCAAGUAGGAUUAUUAAUUAAGCGAGAGCACGUAUCAACGCGCAAAUAAAAGAAAAUAAAUAAAUAAAUAAAUAAAAAGAAGAAAAUUAAAAGGAAAAGAAAAAAGAACGAUUAAGAUAAUCAAUUUUACGCGCUGACGUUGCGAACAUGAGAAGGAGAGAAGCCGACAGAAAAGCGUCUUUCUAUUUCUGACAAAUAUUUCUCUAAAGGAAUGCACAAUUAAUCGCGACCAGUAUUCGCUUACGGAGUCGUUAAAAAAAAAAACGAUAAAUAAUAAAAGAAAGAAUUUUUUCUUCCUACUAGAAGAAUGAUCUUAACAAAAAGAAAUAAUCUUCUAUCUCUCUUUCAUCUGUAAUAUGUCUUCUCCAUAGUAAUAUAUACAACAUAUGCAACAUAAAGUAUCAUAUUCAAUUUUUAACGUUAUCUUUUAUUCGAAAUAUUGUCGACACCUUUAUUUAUAUAUUCAGUUAUGUUCAUGUUAAUUUAAAUUGACAAACGAAUGAGAUAAUAUUUUUUAUGUCUUGAUUUUGUCUUGUAACGGAAAUCAGUUAUUAUAACAUAUAAUAGACACAUAAAGCAUUAAAAUUUUCACCGGAAAGAGAAAAAAAGUAAAAUAUAAAACUUAUACGUUUAUAAACAACGUUAAAAUCGUAGAAGUGUCGAUUUAAGUUCCAUUUAUUUUAUUUUCAGAAUUUGAGAUACAAUGUUAAAAAAUUGAAGUUAUAAAUUGAACGUGACAAUUUACGUUGUAAUAUACGUAAUAUUAAUCGUAAAUCGUUCAUCACUAUUUCCGUAAGCGAAGUGUGAACAUGUAUCGGUGCAAGUUUCACUUGUAUCAAUUGAUCGAUCGAUCCAUCGAUCAAUCGAUCAAUUAUAUAAAUUUGGGAUAAAUUCGUGUCGGGCAUACCCUGUACCUACAAUGGGACCAAAUUAACGAAUAUUAAAGAAAAAAAAAGAAAAAAAAAGAAAGAAUCAAUGAACAACGUUUAUUUUGCGUUCACCGUCGCGCUUGCGUCCUACGUAUUGUCGCACGAAGCGUUCUCUCAUUCUGUUCGCACGAUCGCUCGAAGAUUCGAUUCCAUUGGCCAAGUUUUGACGACAAAUCCUCGUUAUGAUAUUCGGAUUUACCAAAAUAAUCCACGAGAAAGAUCUAUCACUAUCGAUUCACCGAAACAAAUACAAAGAAGACUUUUACUUAUUCCUCUUAAUUAAUUAUACAUAAUCAUCAUAAGUAGCGACAUGAUCGAUUCGAUAGAGAACAUAUUUAUCGAUAGAUUAAUCUGAUAAAUUUUUACAUACGAGAACAUACGUCUUAACUUAUUACCGUUGUUGUUGUUGUUGUUGUUGUUGUUGUUAUUAUUAUUAUUAUUAUUAUUAUUAUUAUUAUUAUUAUUAUUAUUAUUAUUAUUAUUAUUAUUACUUUUUCUUAUUUUUAUUUUUAUUUUUAUGAAAUACAAUGACGUGUAAAAAAAUAGAAUGAAAGAUAUCGCAGCAGCUGUGUUCAGAUUCAUGCGUAGUACAACUUAAGAACGUUCUUCCUUCGAUGUAAGAAUUCUUCCAGUAAAAGAUAUAUGAAUUAUAAAAAAAGAAAACAAGAUAUAUAUGUAUGUAUAACGAACAAAGAAGAUAACAUCGUGACAAAUUUAUUAUAUACAAUUUUAUAAAUAUUUCCUCCUUUUUUGUUUUUUUUUCUUUUUUUCUUAUUUAUUUAUUUUCUUUUUUUUUUUUUUUGAAAGACGGGAAAAAAUGACGAUAAAGAAAAUCAUUCGAAUCAGGAGAUGUAAUACAUAUCGAAAGGAAGAAAGGAAAGUCGCGUUUGCCAAGCUCAAAAUAGUCGCGUAAUUUUCAUAUUUAUUUGUUUGUUAAGUAUGUUGUGUAAUUUAAAAAAGCUAUAUCGAAACAACGAAUGACGGUUAAAACCAUAGGGAUAUAACGUUUUGGAGGUAAAAAAUUUUGCAUUAUUGAUCAUUUAUUAUUCGUGUAACGUUCGAUUUCGAACGGAGCACAGUUUUGAUAUAAUCAUCUCUACAAAGUAUUUUCAUUAUUAAUAUAAUGUUUAGUACAAAAUUUAGAAUUUCUGACGGCAAAAUAUUACAUAGGAGUAUGUAUUAACACUAAAAUACACAUAUAUACAUAAAUACCGAGAAAGACACACGUGUACACAGAAAUGAUAACACAAUUAGUAAAGCAUUGGUGAACCAUGUAUUGUAUAGAUAUAUGAGUUUAUUUUUUCUUUUUCUUUUUUUUUAAACAAAAUUAAAAAAAAAAGAAAAAAGACGAUGUAACAUCAACUUGUCAUAGCACGAACGAUACUCGCGAAAAAUCCUAAGUUCGAAAGGUCAACAAUAUGUAUGUAUAUGUAAGUAUGUAUAUGUGCACACAGCGAAGGAAAAACAUUUGAAAAUAGAUGACAAAAAGAUUCAAUAAUUUUAACAAAAUAAAUAAACGAACAAAAUUUAUGGCGAUCCAAUGUACAGUGAAUGAACGAACGAACGAACGAAUACGCGCGUGUCCGUGCGACAGUAAAGAGAACGAAAUAUUA